AUGUUGCAUCAGCAUGGGGACGUCAUCCAAAGGAGAUCCAGUGAAAGUGUGCUCAAUAGGGACAAGCCACCUGGUUGCAGCUUCCCCAGGCCGAUGGGAUUGUUAGGUCCAAAGGCAAUGAUCACCGGUGGAGCAGGCUCUUGUGGAUUCUACCUGUGCCACGCUCUCAUCAAGGAAGGGAUCCAUGUGGUUUUGCUUGAUAUACGUAAACCUACAUGGGAAAUACCUGAGGGAGCAGUCAUCUUCCAGGCUGAUGUGCAGGAUUAUGAGAAAGUGCUCAAGGCUAGUGAGGGAAUCGACACAAUAUUUCAUCUGGCAAGCUUUGGCAUACGUGGAGUAGAGCAAAAAGAAAAGAUCGAGUCCACCAAUGUGAGGGGAACAGAAGUUAUCAUUGAUGUUUGCAAAUCAAGAAACAUUUCCAAACUGAUCUAUACCAGUACAGUGAACAUUGUGUUUGGCGGGAUUCCCAUUGAAGAUGGAGAUGAGUCAUUGCCGUAUUUUCCGCUUGAGAAGCACCCUGACAGCUACUCCAGAACCAAGUCAGUCGCAGAGCAGAUGGUUCUGGCUGCCAACGGGCACUCACUCAAGGGAGGGGGGACGCUCCGAACGUGCGCUCUUCGCUUCCCUGGAAUCUACGGCCCUGGGCAGCAGAAGCGUUUACUGCACGUCUUGUAUGAAAAGCUAGGCUACCCAAAACUCAGACUGUUUGUGCCCGGGUUUUUUUUGAAAAUCACAGUUACCUUGAUGGAAUACCUGCACUGGCUUCUUAAGCCCAUAUUUGACUUUACACCAUUCCUGACCAAGCUGGAGGUGAAACACCUCCUCGCUACGCACACUUUCCGGAUAGACAAAGCACGUAACCAGCUGGGCUAUCACCCCAAGAAGUAUUCACUGACCGAGAUGGUGGACUAUCUGCCAAAAGGACUUGAAGAAGGAUAUUCCUGCCCAUAA